CUCACAGCGGUUGUACGUCACUUCCGGCUCAGACAGCGCGGCCUCUGAUUGGUCGGUGGGAGUUUCCCUCCAGCUGCAGAGAGCUGCGGGUUUUCAGGCUGGAGGGUUAAAAAGCUCCGCAGCGGGCGGCGGAACUCCGUCUGUUCUGACCUGCAGGGAUGAGAGCUGCAGGUCCGGGAGGAUUCCUGGUGCUACCGUGGCCCGGCAGCGGCGGCUCAGACCCGGACCCGGAGCCGAUGGAGGAGGGCCGGGGGGGGCUGCUGCUGAGAUGUGGCGCUCUGCUGGGACUCACUCUGAUCUGUGUGGCGGUGUUGAGGAAGUGGAUUGCAGGUGGAGUGUGUCGUUGUUCGGCACGUCUGGAUGGAAAGACGGUUCUGAUCACCGGAGCAAACACCGGCAUCGGCAAAGAGACCACCAGAGACCUGGCACGCAGAGGGGCCCGGGUUGUGAUGGCGUGCAGGGACCUGACCCGCGCGGAGCGUGCGGCGGAGGAGAUCCGUCAGUCGACAGGAAACGGUAACGUGGUGAUCAGACACCUGGACCUCGCCUCCGUUUACUCCAUCAGACAGUUUGCUAAAGACUUCCUGGACAGUGAAGACAGACUGGACAUCCUCAUCAACAAUGCAGGAGUGAUGAUGUGUCCAAAAUGGCUGACGGAAGACGGUUUUGAGACUCAGCUGGCUGUUAAUCAUCUGGGUCACUUCCUGCUGACCAAUCUGAUGCUGCCAAAGCUGAAGAGCUCCGCCCCCAGCCGUGUGGUCACCGUGUCGUCCAUCGCCCACAAGGGGGGCCGUAUCGACUUUGACGACUUGUUCUUCAGCAAAAAGACGUACAGUUCUCUUGAGAGCUACAGACAGAGCAAACUGGCCAACGUCCUGUUCUCCAGAGAACUCGCCCGACGACUCAGAGGCUUUGGGGUGUCGUCGUUCUGUCUACACCCGGGUGUGAUCCGAACCGAACUGGGUCGUCACGUUCAGGGCUGGUUCCCCCUGCUGGGGGCGCUGCUGAGCCUCCCCUCCCUGCUGCUCAUGAAGACUCCCCGUCAGGGCAGUCAGACCACCGUGUACUGCGCCGUGACACCAAGUCUGGAGGGCCAAUCUGGACGAUACUUCAGUGACUGUGCAGAGAAGGAAGCAGCCCCAGAGGGGCGGGACGACGUUGUGGCGAGGAAGCUGUGGGAUGAGAGCGCCCGAUUGGUCGGAUUAAAGGAAACAUGCUGACCUCGGCCCUGAUGUCUGUGUGCAGCAGGGAAACAGGAAGUGAAGCAUCCAAAGACUGUGGCUCCGCCAUCAGGUGGAGGACGGGACGACCACGCACAUCAGUUAAAUACUCACUGUGAUUGACAGAUGACAGGAGCCAAUCAGAGGUGUCCCUGAGGUCAGGAUGGGAGAAAUAAUAAUAUGAUAAAUAAUAAUCAAUAAUUUGAGUAUAUCAGAUUUAGUUUGCUGUUUUAUCAUCACUUUGUAAACCAUAAUUAAAAUAUAAUGAGAUACAAAGAGUUUGUAUUUUUCGUUCGUUUAUUUUCCAUAAAAACAUGGAACUCUUUUAAACAGCUGUGAUGUUCUGUGACGUGUUCGUAUGAAGUGGGGUGUUCGAGAACGCGGUGCCUGAUUGGACGGUAUUUUACUGUUGACCUUUGACCUGCUGUGAUGUCACAGGUGAUAUUAAAGGUUAAAUAAAGGUUGGACUGAAUGUUCUUUUAGUUUCAAGAUACAGUUUCCCCCAGAGCAGUGUUAAAACAUAAUCAUGUUCCCUUGUUGUUCCAUUUAAGUUCCCUUUAUGUUCCUCUGUGUUCCCCUUAAAUUAAUCUUUUUCUUUUGCUAUAUUUUUCCUUUAUGUGUCCUGAAUAUUUAUUUCAGGUUUCUUUGAUUUUUCCAUGUUUCCUUCAUGCUCCCUCUAGUUUUCCCCUUGUGUUUCCUUACUGUUUUAAUUUUCCCUUAACUUUCCUUCAUCUUUUCUUUAUUCUCUCUUUAUGUCCUCCUCCUUUUUUCUUUUUCUUUUCUUAAUGUUCCCUUUAUGUUACCUUAAUGUUUGCUCAACUUGAGUCAUUGAUAUUUGAGGAUGUUUGUCUUCAGCUGUAUGAAUAUGAAGAGCUCUGUUUGGUUUAUUAAAGGCUGACAGACGUUAAUACUGUUUAAUAUUUUGUAUAUUCAGGAAAUCAGAUUCAGCAGCUUUUUGUUUAACAGUGUGUUUGUGAAUUUAGAUCAGAUAAAUGAGCUGACAUGAUGAAGCAGUUUCAUGUUUCUAACUAUGUAACAUGAGGACUUUUGAUGAUGAAGAUGACAGGACAUAACAUGAUUGUAUAUUUCCGAAUAAAGGAUAUGAUUAUGUUUCA